AUGAAGUCCAUUCUUUUAUGUACUGCUGCCCUUUUGUCUGCUGUGUCCGCCAAGAUCACCAUUGUUACUCCCUGGGCCGAGACCACUUGGACGGCAGGUGGCCAUGGCAACAUCACCUGGACUUCUGAAAAAUCAGAUGCUUCUCAAGAAUGCCAAAUCCAAUUGAUGAACGGCAAUGCCAGCAAUGCAAACAUGGUUGCAUUCAUCACCAGCCCUGCAUCACCUGUCAAAUGUUCGGACAAUCGAUUCGACAUUUAUCCAUUGAACGAUUUUGAAUCCGGCAAAUACUGGGUGCGUAUUGGACAACGCGAAUCUGACACAUGGGCCUAUUCUGGUGUCUUUAAUUUCAAGGGCAAUGGAUCUGCUACUCCUUUGCAUCAAGCCUCUACCUUUGACAACAAAGUGAGUGGCUCUUCAUCCGUGGCUUCAUCCACUGGUGCUGCUGCCAAGUCUUCGCAAGCUUCCUCUUCAGCAUCAGCUUCGGCCUCUGCAGGAAGCCAAGCCAAUCAGGAUAUCGAUACCAAUGCUGCUGCUACCACCACUCACACUCAAUGGGCUGUUGUUGCUGGUAGUGCUGUUGCUGCCGCCGUUGCACUUACCGUGUAA